GCCACACAUUAUACCUAGACUCAUUGAUGCUAGAACUACCUAACUGUUUACUAGUGUUUUACUAUUGCGCAAGUUGCGUAUAUUGCGACAGCUUGUACGUUAAAAAUGGCAGUGGGAUUGGCCCUGUUGCUCAUUGUUGACGGAGUCCCCGAGCACAUAUUACGUCGGAUUAUUCGGGCAUCUAUGGGUAUUGUAGCCGUAUGGUGGACGGCCACUGCUGCAAUCUAUACUUUCCAAUGUAUCCCCGUUCAGGCUGCCUGGGGAGUUAGCCAGGGCACUUGUCUAUCAUCUACCGUGCUUGGAAACGUCGGGGUGACUCUAUCUGCUAUUAACGUGCUUGUGAGCUGGUUUUACGGGCUUCUUCCAAUUUGGCUGCUCUUUACAAUACAGAUGCCCCCUGUUACCAAAGUCUCUGUCAUGAUAUUGCUUGGCCUUGGUGCAUUAAGUUCUGUUGCGACUAUUUUCCGCUUCAAGUUUGUGCUUGAGGUCGCUCGAGCGCCGGGGUUGGCAGGUCUGUCAAAUCCAGGAGUCGUCGACAAGGUACUAGAAGGGACAAUGUACUCCAUUAUCGAGGUCGGGAUAGGGAUAUUUGCCGCUGCAUUUACGGUGAUGGGCUCACAAAUAAAUAAGUGCCUCCCAGGGGUGAGAAGCCGUAACAGCUCCGGACCUAUGCGCUUGGGGCCUAUUCACAGGAACUCAGCUUUCCGGGGCCCUACAUAUGAAUAUCUGAGCUAUCCUAUGGCUAAUAGCCAAGAAAUUAUCGCGCCCACACGGCCAGACAAUGUUGUUACUAGGCGCGCGGAUGUUGAUGUUUACUAGGUAGUAGCGGUGUUUCCUACAUGUAUGUGCUAGUUGUAGGAUGUACACGUACUGUAGAUAGGUACCUACCUAGGUACAUAUCCUUAGUUGAAUAGGUAUGUUGUUGGCCAGGUUGUUGGGGUUGAAAUCGGGGUUGAAGUUGGGGUCGACGUCAGCGUCGUAUGUAUGUAGG